UUGUUUCCUCUCUUUCUGUGAACUCUGUGACAAUGCUUCCCCUUGUGCCUUUUGCCAUGAAUGACAACGCUCGUCAAUACAGAAGAAUCCCAAUUCUGGACCGUCAUUUUCAGGAACCACUAAACCCUUUACCAUUGAACAAUGUACCAGCCUUGGCUAACCAAAACCACCAACCUCUGAUAUUUUAUGGAGGAAUGAAUGUGAUGAAUAAUGAUCAUGAUAACCAUCUUCGUUUCUUUGAUGGUAAUGUGCCUCAUGUUGAACAAGAAGUUGACCAGCCUAGAUUGGUCAAACCUCGCAUGAAAUGGACUGAAGAGUUGCAUGAAAGAUUUGUCAAUGCUGUUGCUGAACUUGGUGGAGCAUGGGAGGCUAAGCCAAGGGCGAUUAAGAGAAAAAUGCAAGUCAGGGCAUUAACUCUGUACCACAUUAAGAGUCACUUACAGAAGUAUAGAAUGGCGCAGGAGCCGGAUGAUGCGAGAAGGAAGCCGAUGAAGAAGCUAUCGUUGGAAGAGAGACAACAAAAGCUGCUCCACGAGGUGGAGGAGCAGAUGAAAAAAGUUGCGACGAAGUUCCAAACAAUGCUACCUUUCGAGGAUCAAGCUGGUUCCUCAAAGUUUGUGCCUAUGUUGACUCAAUUUCCAUCGAUCCCGCUUGCUCCUCCUCCUGCUGACGUCUACAUCCCUCAGCCUCCAACCGAGGCGGCGAACGAACAUGUUCUACCUGGAAUAGAAGACAUGGUGGCUCAGUCUAUUGCUGAAAACUCUGUGGAAGAUUUUCUCCGUGCCUUGGAAUUGGCUCCCUAA